AUGGAGUUAGAUGAUGCUGCAUCAAGUGGAGACCAAGUGGAAGAGCAGUGGAUCAGUAGGAUGACGGAGCAGCAGAGUGUCCCGGAGCAGCUGGCAUCUGGAAAGAGCCAGAGUGGAGCUGGAGCCACAUACAAGGUGUUCCUGUUUGAGUUUGAGAAUUUCCAGGGCUGCAAGGCGGAGUUUUCUGCAGACUGUAAAGAUGUGAUGGAGAAGGGACUGGAGAAGGUUGGAUCUCUGAUAGUUGAGUCAGGACCCUGGGUGGGUUAUGAUCGGCAUGGCUUCACAGGGGAGCAGUUUAUUCUGGAGAAGGGCGAGUAUCCACGCUGGGACACCUGGACCAACAGUCAGAACAGCUACACCCUCUUGUCUCUAAGACCACUCAAAGUGGACAGUGCUGAACACAAGUUACACCUGUAUGAGAACCCUGGAUAUACUGGUAGAAAGAUGGAGAUUGUUGAUGAUGACGUGCCCAGCUUGUGGGGCCACGGUUUUCAGGAUCGUGUGGCGAGUGUCAAGGCUCUUAACGGAACAUGGGUCGGCUACAUGUACCCAGGCUACAGGGGGCGCCAGUUUAUCUUCGAGAGAGGAGAUUUCAAGCACUGGAACGACUGGGAGGCCCCUGCACCUCAGAUCCAGUCUGUCCGGCGUGUGCGAGACAUGCAGUGGCACAAGAGGGGCUGUUUCACUGUCCCCGACCCGGCUCCGGCUCCGGCUCCUGGCCCCGGACCCAGCCCCGACCCUGACCCUACCCCAGCACCUCCUGGCCCCCCUGCCACAGCUGGAGCCAGCUGA